AUGAUCAUGCUAUUAUUUAUAUCUGUAAUUACCAAUGCUGGUUUCUCUUAUACGAACUUAUCGACUGAUGUAUCAAGAAUUCCUUACGAGUAUAGAUUAAGACAUAAAAGUUUUUGGGAAUAUAAUUACAUUAUUGAAGGUUACCCAACUGAAUUUAACGGUGAUGCUAAUUCUUUUAGCUCGUUUAAAGACAGUCAACCCAAGUUCAUAAAAUAUGCUGAAGUAGAAGUUCCUUAUUGGCUAUAUGGAAAUUUUAAUGUUAUAGAAUUUAGGCGUAAACAAAACGGUUCUCUAUUCCCCGUUUCAACUGUGAACUCUAGGAUCGAUAAUUAUAUUACAAAUGAAAUAGACAUUGUAUUCACUGCGUCUGAUGUUGAUGCUUCAAAAUUAGAAUCUUGUGAAUAUCGAAUUUCUUGGACUUGGUUACUCAGUGGUUGUAUUUGGAGACUAUGUGAAAAUUUAAACGAAACGGAUUUCCAACAAGUUUCUCUUUUUGUCGGACAUCCUGCCGUGGGUUUGACUUUUUUGUCUGUGGACGAGACGAUUAGUUACGGUUAUAGCACUAAAGCUUCUUUGGAAUCUGUAUGA